GUGGCAAGUACCAACCUAAGGAUUUUUUUUAAAUUAAAAUCAAACCAAACGUCAAGAUAUUUUCAAAAGUUGAACCGUUGCCGUUUGUUUUGAUCGUUGUGAUAAAAUAUUUAAAGAAAAUAAUUUAUGUCGGUGAAGUAGUGCUAAGUUAUAAAUCAUGUUGGAACAACGGUACUCCGACAAUGAAGUCUCCAGGCGGGAUAUACCUUCAUUCAUCGAGCCUCGACCUCCGUUGAUACAGAAUCCGUUUAUGCGCCCGAGGCCUCAAAAAGGAACAAAUUUAUUGGAAUUAUUUGAGGAAGACUCUGAGAUUGAGGAGCCAGAGUUAGUGCAGGUGUAUUUAAGGUUGAAGCCUUGCAGAGUCCCGAACACUUUGUAUGAGGUUCGGUCAGACAAGUGUCUAGUUACAUCGUUAGACACAGCCACAGCAGGCCACGGACGGCGGACCCAGCACAAUGUCUCCAAAAUGUACACUUUCUCCAAGAUCUUCGGCGCUGAAUGUGAUCAGAAAGAAAUUUUUGAGUCAGUGGUCAAAGAUAACUUGAAAAAGCUACCAGAUGGGCAGAACUUCACACUCCUCACAUAUGGUGCAUCAGGUUCAGGCAAGACAUACACUUUGAUGGGCACAGUUGGAGCCCCUGGGCUGGUGCCGAGGUCCUUGGAGUAUGUGUUUAGACUGGUGGAUGCUGCCCAGCAACCUGCCUUCAGACCGGCUGAGAAUGGUGCGGAGAAGCUUAAUCAUGUGCAACAGGAUUAUGAGCUGCAGUGGGUGAAGCGUCUUCGUCAUGUGUCGGCGCCACUACGUGAGAAGUACCGGAGGAUGAGUGCUCAGCUGAACAGUGACCUGACUGUCAGUUCCAUUGAUUUGUCCAACAGGAUUCGACACUAUGUGUGGGUAUCAUUUGUGGAGAUCUACAAUGAAGCUAUUUACGACUUGCUCGCGCCGCCCGAGAAGAGGUCUAAACUUCGCAUUCGAGAAGACAAUACUGGCAAUGUUUAUGUCAAAGGCGCGACUCAAGCCUUUGUCCGUUCUGGUGAAGAGGCCUACGAUGUAAUGGUGGCAGGGAGGCACAACCUAGUGGUGGCAGCGACAGGAGUGCACGCGCAAUCUUCGCGCUCGCAUUGUAUCUUUACAAUAACUAUGCUCACUGAAACAGGGUCUGGCGGGGUGCGGUCGUCGUGCGUGCGUCUGUGCGACCUGGCGGGCUGCGAGCGCGCGCGCGCCACGCGCAACACGGGCGCGCGCAUGCUGGAGUCGCGCGCCAUCAACUCGUCGCUGCACGUGCUGGAGCGCUGCCUGCACAUGCUGCGCCGCAAGCAGCGCGCGGGGCAGGACGCGCUCGUGCCUUACCGCGAGUCGAAGCUGACCCGCCUGCUGGGCACGGGCUUGUCGGGCGCCCGCGGCGAGGCGGUGAGCAUGGUGGUGACGCUCAACCCCGCGCCGCAGUACGCGCACGAGACCAAGCAUGUGCUCACGCUGGCCGCCGUCGCGCAGGACAUACAAAUAAACAACACGAUGUACGCGUCAACGUUAGAAAGCAGUGCUCAGGAAACCACAAUAAGUUGCAGCUCCUCUGAGGUUAUGAAGCUGCGCUCUGAUAACGAGCGACUGCACUUCGAACUCGUGCAAGCGCAAGCCCGCAACAAAGAGCUGUUAGCGUCUAUGGAGGAGAGGCAACAGGAGUCGGCGAACACCAUGCGCGAGCUGGUGGAAGAGGCCAAGGACCUCACUAAACAGUACUACGAGGCGCAGCUAGAGGCCUUGCGAUGUGAGAUGGAAGACAUGGUAGAGGAGUAUGAGAGUAGACUGGCGAAGGUUCCCACCGCGCCGCCAGCGACUGGCACGCCAUCACGAUUUCUGCAGGCUAAGGUCGCUCAACUUAUGACGGAAAUAGCAGUUUUAGAGGAAAAGCUGACCGCUGAAAGCUUAGCAAGGGCGCGUGCUGAAAAGGAAGUGCAACAUCUUCGCACUUGUAUUGAAGAAAGGGAUGAAAAAGCCUUCAAAGACACAACACCGCCGCGCGAAGACGUAAUGUCGCUCUCAGACAGUGAACAAGAAUCUGACGAGGAGCCAAGCGAUCCAUUCAACGAGAGUCUCGAACCAGUUUUCAAGAAAGACCAGAACAGGUCCAUACUAGCCGCGCAUAAAGAAAAACAGAACGACACCACUAGCAUACAUACUAUCGAUAAUAUAGAUGAAGAAUGUGAUUCAGACCUUGAGAAAUCACAUGAUACACUCAAAAAUUAUUCCAAAAAUUCGACCGGUGAUGAUGAAGACGAUGUUAGUAAGACUGUUGAUGAAAGCAAGGUAGAUGAUGUAAAAAAUGCCAGCAUAACUUACAAUAGCGAAGUGACUGAGAGUAAAUAUGAAGAUAGUUUGAAAAGCGAUUCCAUUAAAGAUAUGAGUACUGACGACGCUAAUGACAGUGCUAACAACGAUGUACAGUUUAAAAAUGACUCGAAAAGUAUUAAAAUGGAUUUAAGAGGCACAUAUUUUGUUAGUGAGAGUAAAAUAAGCAAUGAUUCCAACAGUCUUAAGGAAACUGCUAGGGGUACCUACUUCGUUAAAGAUUCGCUAACUGAUGUAUCUAAAAAUGGUAGCGAGUUUGAGCAAAAUGAAGUUGGAAAUGUUGUUUUCAAGGAUCCGAUUGCUAGAGAGAAAUCUAAACUUGAUAUUACGACAGAAAACCAAACUGAAUUAGUAGUUAAUCAAAUAUACAACGAAAAAUCGACUUUAGAAGUACCAGAAAGAGUUCUGAACUCUUCUGAUAUAAUGAAACAAAAAUCCGAAUUGAAACAAAGUAAUAAACUCGAGAGCAAACUCGUUAGGGAAAAAUCUAAAAUUGACAUGAAAUUGCAAGAAAUUCCUGAAUUCCAUGCAAGAAAAAUAGUAAGAGAAAAAUCCGACAUUCAAAAGAAAGACAUCGAAAACGUAACUCCUAAUGUAGUUAGAGAGAAAUCCGCAAUUGACAUAAAAAUAUCGUCAAAAGAUCUAGACAUUGAAAGCGAAAUAAAGGACAAAAAUACUGAGGUCAAAGUAACCAAAGACGACUCAGAACCGCAAUGGGCUGUGCCCGAGAAACUUCCUGAGAUUAUACCCCGUAUUGCAAGAGAAAAGUCCAAUUCAGACUUGAAAGGUGCUAAGAAAGUUCCCGAGGCCAUUGUUAACAAAAUCAUCAGAUCUUUUAAAUCUAACCAUGGCAGUGAUGCAUCCUUAAGACAAUUUGAACAGCUUGAGGAGGCAGCAAAAGAUUGCCCGGAUGAGACCAACCAAUCUACGUUUGGUGAUAUAAAAACAUUGCCGAAAAAAAGAACAUACUUUGAUAAUCUAUCGGUCGACGACGCACCCAAAAGAGAUGUUGAUGAAGUCGUUGAAAAAGUCGCUGUUGAAAAAGAAAAACGCACAUUCUUCGAUAAUAUAGACUUAAAUGUCGAAAAACCUAAUAAGAGAGUCAAUGAACUUAUGAAUAAUGAUGAUGAAAGAUCACCAUCCAUCGUAAAAGAAAGUGUAAUAUCAGACGAUUUCGAACCAAACACUAUCAAAAAGCUCCUAGGCGAAAGUUUCACAAAACCUGAGAUAAUAACAUCUGCGUAUAAAGCGAGAAUGAAUAAGAAACACAACUCUGUCGAUAUCUUUGAUGGGUUUGACUCACCAUUGACAGCGAAAACUAAGGAAAAGGCAGAUAAUGUUGAAAUCGCUCGACAGUCCAUUGAAAAGCUUGUUUUGGAACGAUCAGUUAAGAAACCCGAACCAGAACCAAUAUUAUUUGUCAAAGAAAUUAUAAAACCAGUCUCACAAAUCAAACAAGAAAUUAAAUUAGAACCUGUUUCAUCAAUGGAAGAAGAUGAUGAAAAUAAACAAGUAGCAGUAGGUACCAAGUUAGAAGCAGCAUCAUCUUUAGACGAAACAAACCAGACAAUGAACAAAGGACAAGAAAAUGGAAGCGAAAAUAAUACCAUUGAAGACUUUGAAAAUAUCUACAAGGACUUAACAGCACCAAGGGCUACGGAAUUCGAAUUACUUGUUCAAGACAAUAACACUACUAAUAACACGUCCACCGAGAAAAACGAAAAGGAAGAAAUUAAAUACAAUUUACGGAAGAAAACCUCGAAAGUAGAUGAAAGUAAAACAACAUCGAAUGAUGAGGAAAUCUUAGCUGAAAGUCACGCUAAGUGUGAAAGCAAAGGCCGCAAGCGAACGCUACGACUGCGUAAAAAGAAGAACCAAGAAGAUGAAAGCGAUGAGAAAUUGAAGGACAUUGUGAACUUGCAAAGCGAGUUUUCUGACGUCACACUGGACAGGCCGGCUCCUACAAAAGUAAUAAAAGAUAUUCCAUCACCAGUUAAAGGGCUAGAAGAAAAUUUGCCGCCGCUGAUGGGAAUACAAAGUUGUCCUUCAAAAAGUGUGACCCGCAGCCGUCGGAAGCUGUUUACACCUCGCGCCGAGCCUCUAGAAGAGUCCUUGACCCAGACUGGUGACAGUAACGAACGCAUCUACGUUCCCCGCCCGUCCUACCACCGGCCGCGGGCUCGCCGCAAAUUGUAGGAUAAUGUUAUCGACUUUUAACCCUAAUUGAAUUAUUAUGUAUUGUAUUAAAUGACUAAUGUAUGAAUAAAAUAUAGUUCUAUGUUGAUUUAA